AGUGAUCAGCUGUGAAGGAGCUCUGAGCACAUGUUGGUGAUCUGAUUGUGCCACUCAAGCGUGGUCACUUCCUUGUGCCGUGAUUGAGGACAACACUCGUGCUCAGGAUUAUCUUGUCAGAGACGGGGGAGGAGUAUCCUGGAUAAUCGGGAAGACUGAGGUGGCCUCACCCGGGAGGCUUUUCUCUGCUGGGAUGCAUUUCACUUUCUGCAUGUUCCUUCCAGGAGGACCCGAUUAGCCAUGUGAACCAUAUUUCUGCUGCUUGGAUAACUCGGCUGGUGGGCCUUCAGGCUGCGGCCUUUUCCUAUCUUUGUGGAUGACGCCGGACCUUUUACAUCUGAAGCCUGCCUGUAGAGAAAGCCUCAUCCUAGAUCGACAGGUUUGCUUUCACUUAAGCUGACAACAACGCGCAGAUCACUGCAGGUUACCUCUAACAAAGUGCGCACAGACGUCUGAUAAGAUCUAGAAGUAGACAAUGGCUGACCUGGAACUCGGUGACGCCCUGAAGGACACUCCCCUGGAUAUCGAACCUGAAAUCAAGCGGGACUUUAUCAGCUCGCUGGAGGCGGAGCCUUAUGACGAUCUCAUCGGGGAGACCUGCGAUAAGACGGACUAUGUUCCAUUGCUGGAUGACGAUGAGGCAGACCCAAAGAACAAGCACGUCGAUGGAGGCCAUACAGAGCUGACUCCUGCCGCAGUGGUUGCGAAUGGCGAACACGGCACAGGAGAGAUUGGCGCUUCAGAUCCCUUUGGGUCAAAGCUCGAUGAAGAUGUCUUGGCGGAUCUUCUGCUCCCUCGGAACGCCGCACAGAUCUUUCCUUCCCUCAGAGGCACAGAACAUCUUCCCGACUCCGUGUCUGAAGCUUGUUUGUUGGACUUCAGCGACUCUUCUGGCUUUUUCUCUCCUUUACAGAGAGAAAAUGUUAUCCCAGCAGAAGCUGUCCAGGGAUCCUUUGAAGAUCAGGGAUGGCUGACCGAUUCUUGCUCUAAAACCGGUGAUACCGACACAAACAGCGGAGACACGUCAGAGAAAUCAGAGAAGACAACAGGCACAUGUGGGGAGACACCAAGUGAUGACACCAGUGUUCCUUUUCGCGUCACAAAAAGUGACCACAUGUCGGAUAUCUGGCAGCCAACCGCAGAGGAGCAGCUUGCCCUCUCUCCCUAUACUCCUUCAGAACUUGAAGAGCUGCAUACUUUGCAGUCUGAGGAUUCGCGGUUUGUAGCUGAGGUCGCGGAUGCUCCGGCGGUCCCGGAGAGCCAGCUUCUACCUGGAUUGGCUGAACAGCAGCGGCGGCAUCAGCAGGAGUCUGACGCUUUAGAGUUGGAAGAGUCUGAGUCAUAUGAGGCUCCGGGGUACCGCUCUGUAGAGGCACAGAAUCAUGUUCCCCAGCAACCUCAAGAGGACCUAGGCCUGGAGGUUACGGCACAAGAAGGAUCUUCUAGCUCCAUUGGGGGUCCUCCAUCUUCUGAAUGUUUUUCGCAUGAAAUUGAAGAAAACCUUACUGCUUCGGAAGAAACUGCUCCAGUAGAGAAAGAGCCACCUGGGGAUGCUAUAGAGAAAAAACAGGGGCCACCUGCUUUCCAGGCAAGCCAGGAAGCAAACCCUGCUGCUGCCGACGCCCAGGAAGAGAUCCCAGCAUCCCCUGCUAAAUUAUUUGAAGACGAGUUCCUCAACUCUCCCGCUCCUCAGAUUCCGGAAGAGGCCCCUGCUGAUUGGAUCCAGGAAUCCUCCUCUGAGUCUCCAGCUUCUUUUGUUGCUGAGACAGAGCCUCUUGCCACCCAGGCUGAUGAGCCUCCCAUUUCUCCCCCUGCUGCUGCUAAGUCUGAGGUAGAGCCCCCUGCCUCUGCUGCUGUCCAGGCUGGGGUAGAAGCUCCCGCCUCUCCUAUUGCCCAGACCCAGUUGGAGCCUCCCGCCCUUCCGGUUGCUCACACCCAGCUGGAUCCUCCCGCCUCUCCUGUAGCUCACACCCAGCUGGAUCCUCCCACCUCUCCGGUUGCUCACACCCAACUGGCGCUUCCCGCCUCUCCGGUUGCUCAGACCCAGCUGGAGCCUCCCGCCUCUCCUGUAGCUCAGACCCAGCUGGAGCCUCCCGCCUCUCCUGUUGCUCAGACCCAGCUGGAGCCUCCCGCCUCUCCUGUUGCUCCGACCCAGCUGGAGCCUCCCGCCUCUCCUGUUGCUCCGACCCAGCUGGAGCCUCCCGCCUCUCCUGUUGCUCCGACCCAGCUGGAGCCUCCCGCCUCUCCUGUUGCUCCGACCCAGCUGGAGCCUCCCGCCUCUCCUGUUGCUCAGACCCAGCUGGAGCCUCCCGCCUCUCCUGUUGCUCAGACCCAGCUGGAGCCUCCCGCCUCUCCUGUUGCUCAGACCCAGCUGGAGCCUCCCGCCUCUCCUGUUGCUCAGACCCAGCUGGAGCCUCCCGCCUCUCCUGUUGCUCAGACCCAGCUGGAGCCUCCCGCCUCUCCUGUUGCUCAGACCCAGCUGGAGCCUCCCGCCUCUCCUGUUGCUCAGACCCAGCUGGAGCCUCCCGCCUCUCCUGUUGCUCAGACCCAGCUGGAGCCUCCCGCUUCUCCCUUUGCCCAGACCCAGCUGGAGCCUCCCGCUUCUCCUGUUGCUCAGACCCAGCUGGAGCCUCCCGCUUCUCCUGUUGCCCAGACCCAGCUGGAGCCUCCCGCUUCUCCCUUUGCCCAGACCCAGCUGGAGCCUCCCGCUUCUCCUGUUGCUCAGACCCAGCUGGAGCCUCCCGCUUCUCCCUUUGCCCAGACCCAGCUGGAGCCUCCCGCUUCUCCUGUUGCUCAAACCAAGCUAGAGCCUCCCGCUUCUCCUUUUGCCCAGACCCAGCUGGAGCCUCCCGCUUCUCCUUUUGCCCAGACCCAGCUGGAGCCUCCCGCUUCUCCUUUUGCCCAGACCCAGCUGGAGCCUCCCGCUUCUCCUUUUGCCCAGACCCAGCUGGAGCCUCCCGCUUCUCCUUUUGCCCAGACCCAGCUGGAGCCUCCCUCUUCUCCCUUUUCCCAGACCCAGCUGGAGCCUCCCUCUUCUCCCUUUUCCCAGACCCAGCUAGAGCCUCCCGCUUCUCCUGUAGCUCAAACCAAGCUAGAGCCUCCCGCUUCUGUUGCGCAGACUCAUUUGGAGCCUUCCGCCUCUCCUCAGGCAGAGAUUCCUGUUUCCUCCAAGCCAGACGUCUCUGAGAUCCCAUCAUCUCCCAAGACUCUUCAGCAGACAGAAGAAGUUUUGAUUGUCGCAGGAAAGGAUGAACCUCAACCGCCUGAACAGCCCCCCGAGCCAGCACCCUUAAAGCAAACCUCUAAAACGAGGGCACCUGGGCCAGGCAAGGGGAAGACUGCAUUAAUGCCCGUUUCAGAUGACCUUCCCGAGCCUGGCUUUACUGACAAUAACGCAAACCUUCCAGCGGAAUCCUCCCAUUCUUUGGCCUCUAGAACCAAAGCGUUGCAUAAAAAAGCUCGAGAUAUCAUGGAGAGUCGUCAAGAAGUGUCUAGGGAAGCCGGAGAUCCUGAAGGGGUCCAGAUGUCAAUGAGGAGAAAGAAGAAGAAACCUAAGCAAAGAAAAAACUUUUAUCCUAAAGAGUCAGAGUUUGGGGAAGAGGAGGUGCCAAAGGUUUCCCAUGACUCUUUGCCUGCUGAUGCUAGCCAACAAACGACACUCGUUGACCCAAUUUUAACAAAGGAAGUUCCAAGUCAGCCUGUGGGUAUCAAGGAAAGGGCUAUUCUGCCCCUUGGUAGUCCUGUGAUUGAUAGAAUGGCAGAUGCUGCUAACCUUGAAGACAAUGUGGUGACCUUGUACUCUCCUGAUGAUGUAAAGCCACCUUUGCAAAACAAGAACUACCCAUUAUUACCACCUGAGACCUCACCUGGUGACCAGGUCGAUAACAGGCUUUUCAAACCACAGCCGUUUCAAACUGGAGAACACAGGAAACCUGAGACCUCGCUGGAUUCUAUAUUUGGAUUAGCUGACGCAGAUGUUUCUAAAUGUCCGUACUUCAAUCCUGAAUUUGCAGUCAGUAAUCCUAGAGAACAAGCACAGAGCGGGAGAGCUUACAGCGGGGAAAAAAAAUCUGGAUAUCGUAAAGAACGGUCGUUUUUAGAGGGCGAUUACUGGACAGGGGAAAAAUUGGUUACUGAUUUUCCUGUUUUAGAGGCUGAAAGGCCCUUCCAGGCACCUGGCAUGAAAGGGGACAAGCCAAAAAAGAGAGACAAGAGGGUGGGGGAUCGUCCUGUUGCAGAUGUUAAACAGUGGCAAGCGGAAUAUGGUGUCUUUGACUCCAAACCACGACACAAAAAUUUCCCAGUAGAUAUUCUGUUAGAUGAAGAGAUUUCCUUCAGGAAAGAGCAGCCACUCCCUGCUGAAGUGCCAGGAGAGGAGAAACCAUUUACUAAACAAAAGGUAUCUAAUCACAGACCAAAACAUAAGCAAGGUCAAAGUAGCAAGAGCUCUGACCGUGCAGAACCACCUGGUACUGGUCAACAUUUGGGAGAUAAAAAUGUAGACGGCAGUUUAUUGGGUUCUGGGGCAAAAGAGGAAAAAACUAAAAUAGACAAGGCGCUCCUAAUGGUGGCGAGUACUCUAGAUGUUGCAGACGCCCCUGACCUUGUUCAUGUACCCAACUUUGACCUGGGUGACGCCAGGCAGGCCUCCCCUGUGGUGUUGGACAGCAAUGUAAGCAUAGUAGAUAACCAAAAGACUCUUGGUGUAUCUUCAGAAAUAAAAAAACCUGAGCUAGCAUUAAUGUUGGGAACUGCAGAACCAGAUGUGGGUCACUCCCCAUUGGUGGUGAAUACUCUAGAUGUUGCAGACAUCCUUAAAAUUGUUCAUGCACCUAACUUUGACAUAGGUGAUCCCAUGCAGGCCUUACCUGUUGUUUUGGAGAGCACUGUAAGCAUAGUAGAUAACCAAAAGACUCUUGGUGUAUCUUCAGAAGUCAAAGAACCUGAGCUAGCAUUACCAUUAGGUACUGCAGAACCAGUUGUGGGUCAGUCCCUAUUGGUGGUGAAUGCUCUAGAUAUUGCAGACACCCCUGACAUUGUUCAAGGACUUAAAUUUGACCUAGGUGAAGCCAAGCAGGCCUCACCUGUUCUCUUGAACACCAUAAGCAUAGUAGGUGGACAAGAGACUCCUGGUGCAUUUUCAGAAGUCAAAGAACCUGAGCUAACUUUAACAUUAAGAACUGUAGAACCAGAUGUGGGUCAGUCCACUCCAGAAGAUAAAUGUAAAAUGAAGGACAUUAAAGGUCUCUUACCAGAACAUAAGGGUGGUUCAGAGAUUGAUAAUCUAGCAAACCCUGUUGUGCCAAGGGACCAGCCAGUUGCAUCUAGAAAGGGCCAGAGUGAUGGGAAUGACAGACAAACCAAAAACAAGAGAGGCAAAGUUAAAGCUAAAACUAACAGCGCAGCUUUCCUGGCAGCUGAUUUAGGUGAUAAAGGGGUGGAAGAUGAAAAAUGUGGUUCCGAUAAUACAGAGCCAAGCUACAAGUCCAAAGAGCCCAACACUGUAACCACUAAAAAAGUAGAACGUGGAUCUUUAAAGCGACCGCACAGUUCAGAAAAAAAGGAUAGUCCUGUGUUAACUGAUUCACAAGACAAUGGUCUUCUUACUAAUGUUGAGGUGGCACCAGUAUCGGUUGUGGGCAUAUGUCCGGAGCUUUUGCUUUUGGAUCAAGGUGCAAAGCUGAAAGAACCACCGGUUCCUCUGCUAGAAAAGGGCAGUGCCAGUCUUCUGUAUAUCUCGGAGGGUUCUCAAAACAAAGACUUAAAAGAACUUCAGCUAGGGUCCCAAGAUUUUGAUUUAUUAGACCAGCUGACUAACGAUAUCCUAACACUAACCUCAGAUGUCCCCGCAUUUGAGGAAAAAGUGAAGCCCAAACAAGUUAUUCCAGGAGCCCCCAAAAUAGACUUGGAGUCCAGGAUAGAUACAGUGGUCCAGUCAUUGGUUCAAGACUUGUCGAAGGCUGACACUCAAAGUGAAGUAGCUAGAGAUACCAAAGAGUCUAUGGUAGAUCCAGUCUCCAAGUCAUCCUCUAUGAGUUUCUCAAAGAAUGAGAGACCAACACGUGUUACUAAAGAUAACAAAGAAUCCAGGGUUCAUUCAGGGUUAACAGUUCAAGAGUUGUCAAAGAGUGACACUCCAAGUGAAGUAGCUAGAGAUCCCAAAGUGUCCAUGAUAGAUCCAGUCUCCAAGUCCUCUCAUUCUUUGAAAAAGAAUAAGACUCCAACACAUGUUGCCAAAGAUGACGACAAAUCCAGGGGUCUUUCAGGGUUAACAGUACAAGCGUUGUCAAAGGUUGUCGCUCUGACAGAUGGAGAUAAAGAAGGCCCAGAGGUUAGGGUAGAUUCUGUCUCCCAUACAUCAGUUCAGGAUUUGUCAAAGGAUGAAGCUCUGACAAGCAAAACCGCUAAAGAUGACAAAGGGCUCAUGGUAUGUUCAGAGCCUCAGUCGUCAGUUGAAGAGAUUUUAAAGGUUGAGACUCCAACGUGUAAAUUUUCUAAAGAUGAUAAAGAGCUCAAGUCGGCUACUGAAUCUGGAUUAUUGCGUCAAGCCGACUCGUUAAAAAAAAUAAAGGCCAGAAGUCCAGGGGCCGAUAAUGUACUUGAAAAGGUCCAGUCUACCAGCCAGUACGAUGAGGCUGUUUGUUCAGUGGAAGCUGCUCCGGGAUUUCCUGAGGGUGAUCAUGUUCAAGGAGAAGUUGUACAACUGCAAGCUUCACUCUUGCACGCUUCCAGUGUUGACACAUUAAAGGUGGCAGAGUGUGCCACCUCUGAUAUUGCCGCUGAAGUGCCACUUCAAAAGCAAGCAUCUAGUUAUGUAGAAGAGUCCAAGCAGGUUGAUUCAGGUAUAACUCAGAUGGAAAAAAAACAAAUUGCCACCAGAAAGACCAAACUGCAUGGAGACAAAGCAGAGCUGCCUCUUAAAGAACCCCAAGUCCAGGGUGUGCUGCCUCUUAAAGAACCCCAAGUCCAGGGUGCCCCACUGGCUGAGGAUGCUAUACAAGCAGUUCCUGUUGAAAUGGCACCUCCUGCUCAUAAACAUUUGAAUGGUGAGGCCACAGAGGCUUCCAAAACAAGACUAAAGACCGCAGUUUCUGCUCCGAAGAAGGAACCAUCUUUAGAGAGAGCGCAACUAAAAAGUGCCAAGACAGAAGAGAAGGCAAAAGCACCUGAAGCUAUUAAAGGGUACAUGAGGCCAACAAAGUCUCGAGGUGUUGCUCCAGCACCUAGAUCUUCUAGCACGGAGGUGGAAAAGCCUAGGUCAUCAAAGGACACCAGAAUAAACGAGCAGAGACCAGAAAAAGGAAAAGCGGCAGCGGCGGCUGAACCGGUGCCAGUGGCGGCGAAAGCAGGAAGUGACAUCAAUGCUCCACCCAACAAGCAACUUCCUGCCAGUCCAGAGAAGAAAAUUAAGGCGGUAGCAGCAGCAACCCCAAAAGGCAAGCCCUCUGUGGCCCCGAGCCCCAAGAAGCCGCUCACUCCAACCCCCACCCAGGCCAAAAAGUCUGCACCGGCUCCAGCUUCUGGCACCACCCCGAAACGCCCUCUGGGGAGCGCUUUAAAACCUACAACACCUAGAGAGACAAAAGAUGCAAAACCGAAGAGUUUGGAUCUGAAGAGUCCUGUGAAGACUCCGGAGAAGAAGACCCCGACCCCUGUGACCACCACCCCUCGCCCCUCUGUCAGAACCAGUUUUGCGUCUCCCAAACCCGGCACCUUGUCUGCAGCUGGGGGGACCGCUCCGAAACUGAGCCUCACACCGAAACGGCCAUCAGCUGUUAAAAAUGACAUCAAGGCGACAGAUGCGAAGAAACCCAACCUGACAAAAUCCCCGACCGAUUCAAGUCGCCCCAAAGUUGAUUCAGCGAAGACUAAUGGAAUUGCUCCAACCAUCCCUGCUCCCAGCCGCCCUAAAGCUACAAAACCUCCUGCUCCAAGACCACUUACUGGACCCAGUGCUGCUGUAGACAUCAGGAAAGUACCCAUCACCUCCAGACCUGCCCAUCUGAGCAAGCCCGGCUCUGCUCAGGCCAGCAAGCCCAGCACUGCGCCAGCCAGCAAACCAAGCACUGCUCCGGCCAGCAAGCCCAGCACUGUUCCCAAACAGCCGCGUCCAACCACCGCCCCUGACCUGAAGGGCGUGCGCUCAAAGAUCGGAUCCACAGACAACCUGAAGCACCAGCCUGGUGGAGGAAAGCAGGCCAAGGUAGAGAAAAAACCUGUGCCAGCCAGCACAGCCCGAAAACCAGUGCCCCUCGCUGCCCCUAAACCAGCCGCCAGUAAACCCGCAGACACUAAAGAGACGGCACAAAAGCAAAGCAAUGGGAAAGUCCAGAUUGUCUCCAAAAAAGCCAACUACAGCCACGUUCAGUCCAAGUGUGGCUCAAAGGACAAUAUUAAGCAUGUUCCUGGUGGUGGGAAUGAAAUCCAGAGUUUGGUCAAGGUAACAAAUUCUACAAAGCCAUCUGCGGGUGCUGCCCGCCCGCCUGCAUCCAGCAGCAACAAAACUGGCAGUGCCAAUGUGCAGAUUACGAACAAAAAAAUGGAUAUAUCAAAGGCUGCUGCCAAGUACGGAUCAAAACCCGUCACCAAGCACAAGACGGGUGUUGCCGAUGGCAAAUCUGAAGUGAAUUCGAAGAAGACAGAAGUAACAAAGCCUCAGGACAGCACAAAAGAAAACGAGGGGGAGCCACUGGUACCUUCACAGAACGUGGACCUAGUGACACCUACAGAGGUUACAGCGGCAGACACACGGGAAAAUGCGGUGGAGGAGACUCUUCCUGUAGAUGACAACCAAAGGGAAAUCCAGAGCUUCAAUGCUGUCAUACCAGAGACAAGCAUCUAAUGAUGAAUUUGUGGUGUCGUCUCCCAUCUUGUCUCAUUGUCUGAUCUCCUCCCUGUACAACUCCCACAUCUGUCCUUCCCACUUGUUCUCCAUCCGAAAUCGUCACACUGUUUUACUGCAGAUUGAUGUGAGGUUGGGCCCCCCGCCGGCGAGAGAUGGACCACGGAGAAUGGCGUCUGCGUUCCCUACGCAGCAUUUCCAUCCACACCCCUUCCACUCCACCUAUAACUCAUCAUACUGAGGACCUGUUCCUGCCGACUCCACUUCUCCACUGCUGACUAGUCCUCCACCAGGGGUCUCCGAUCUCCCGCUACCCUAAACCCAGGAGCCCCUCGCGCUCCCACCAGUAAACGCUCUGCACUUUCUAAGAGGUGACCCAGUCCGCCAAGCCUCUCUCCACCUGGUGUCUGGCUACCGUGAUGGGGCGACAGACAUGGCGUUUCCGGAAGAUGGGCUCUCGUGUAUUGUGUGUCUUUAUAUAUUUUUUUUUUUUAUAUCUAUAGAUGCUUUCUAUGAAUGUUUUUUUUUUUUUGUUUUGUUUUUUAGCAGUGUAAUCUUCUGGUAGUGCACAUUGAGCAUGUCAGACCAAUGGUAACAGAUUACAAACCGAGAGGUAUUCUUUGUUCGAUUUUCUUUGGCCUUUUCUGAAUCGUACAGGGUGGAGCUCCGGGGAGGAAGUGAAAUAACGUUCUGCAAAGAAAUGUCGACAAUCUGUAGAUUGCAUGCUUCUGCGGGGAGAAAAAAAAAACAUUGCUGAACAGCAGACUUUCUCGAGACACGAUCGGUCCAUCACCCAGCCAGAGACCAGGAAGAAGGUGGUUGUCACCGGUCCGGUCACGUCAUUCGCUCUGUGACACAACCAGCCCUGUUGGAGACUUGUGUUCCUGUGUUAUUAUUUAAUAUUAAUAAUAAAUGUUAAGUAUAUUAUAUAUAUAUAUAUAUAUAUAUAUAAAUGACACACAUGCACACAUGCCGUAGACUCGUCUUAACUAGAAUUCCAGGACUCCUUUAUUACAUUUGUGCGCAAUUUCGUGUGCUACCAUUUCUGCAAAGCUUCCAUGAUGUCCACGUUCCGUAGUCAUCUACUGGCCUUUCCUACAUCUAUGACGCUGCUUAACAUAUCGAGCGCUUGUGACUGUUUUUUUUGUUUUUUCGUUUCUUUUAUUUUUAACUUCAUUGAAGGGUAAAUUUGGGCAGAAGAAAGUUGAUUUACGAAAGUUAUGAGUAUGUGACUUAACGGGAGCGACGCGGCACCUCGGACCGGCUGGCUCUCUAUAGACAGAGGUCCCUCAAUCCCAGCUCGGGGUUCUCCGUGGGGGGCGACUUCCGUUUUUUUUUUUUUUUUAGGGGGUUUAGACGGGGGUGAGAAGCCAGGAAAGGAGUCCCGCGGUGCCGGCCCGGCGCUCCUGGCUAUGACGUCUUUUGGUUAUUGCACGUUAUAUGAAAUAUUUGCCGAUCGACGGUUUGUUUUUAAGGGUGUUUUUUGACGGGAAGGUUCAUAGAUGCCCGCGUGCCAUGAUAAGUCCCCAAAUGGGAGGGGGAGGAGGGGGGGGGAUGUCUAUCUUCCUUUUUAUGCGAGAAAAAGAACAAACUUCCACGUCAUCUGCAGCUUACGGAAAUGUCUCUCCCAAGACAUUUAGAAAUGAAAUAAAAAGAUGUUGCUUUGUAUCGUUGUGGUUUGAACUAACAUUUUUAUGUGCUGUGACAUGACACUAAAGACUGACGUGUAAAUGAUGAGCUCUCCGAUGAAGCAGGAUUGUGGGGGAUAGACGGUCAGGGGGAGGGGGAAGGCGUAGGCAACAGGGGCGCAGAAUAGAACAGUACCAUACCCCCUCCCUCUGUACCUACACAAAGUUCUUAUUGCACUUCUGUAUUUUUAUAUAUAUAUUAAAAUAUGUUGCAUGGUUUCUAAUAAAAUGAUGUUAAAAUGUUA